AUGCAGACGCCGGUACAAACACCCCAGAAACUACACAAGACACGCUCCCUUUCUGAUAGCGCGCCGCAAUUAUCCCCGUCCCCGAAGUUUCGCGAACCAGCACGCACCUCGAAAGAUGACCAUACCGUUGUCUCCAGCCCGCAUACGCCACGCCGACCCGAGUUUCUCUCCAAAGGCCUUCACCUCAAGAUGCCGGAAUUCAAAGAGGCGGGCAUGUCUACUCCUAUCCAUCUCGCACAGCGCGUUCCGCUCUCACCGCAAUUGGAUGCCCACAACACAUACGCCUCUCCCGCAACGCUCCUACCCAGACGCUCACGAGGCGCCGAAUUCUCACGAGCAUGCACCAACCUACAUCAUUCAACGCUUGCUGAUCAGCCGUCGCCGGACUCCUCGCCCACGAUCACACAGAAAGGAUUGACGAUCCCUUCGAAGAAGUCGCGGGCAAACUCCAUGAUCAUGGACUCACCGAACCUGAAUUACCCCGCGUGGGGCAUGAGCAACGGUGAAAGAACAGCACCUUCUAGCUCCCUGGGCAGUAUAAGUAUGAUCGACGCGGACUCUAGCUCCAGCUCAGAUGACCCGGAUGCGAUGGAGCCGGACGACAACGAAGACCCCAUGCUUAUGACUCCGCAAGCCACAAAGAUCAACCCUUUCUCAGCUGCAACACCUGGAAACAACCCCACUCCGUGGACAAAUAUCUUUUCCCCGGGCGCAGCACCUACGUUUAUGAGCAUACAGAGAAGAAGGCUGGGCAAGGGCCGUAGUCGCAAGAGCUCAAGUUCUGCAAGCGGACAUAGUUCGCUGGCGAGCCCCGUGCCUGGAUCGCCGCCGAACGGGAAAAGUGAGGGAUACUUUGCGCGGGAGGCAGUCAUGCGCCAGACGGGUUCGCGGAGGGAGAGUUUGUCGUUGUUUACGAAUGAUCUCCAUAUAUCAUCUGGCAACGACAGCGGAGACGAGGCGGUGAUGAUUCCGCAGACGCCCGGAGUGGUCCGCCGACCAGUAACGCGGAGGGGUAACCUCCUUCCGAAAUCGCGCCAGUUUGGCAGGAUCAAGGCCGAGCUGUUUGAGGAAGCAGCACCCAUUGACAGCGAGGCGCGGCGAGAAGCAGAGAUCAUCCGCCAAGUGCGAGAGGCCGAUGUCGACGAGCGGCGCUCUGUGACGGCACAGUCAUCGCCCGCGCUUCUUCCUACAGUGCCUGGCCUGGAGGGCCCUCUGGAGGAAGUACCGGAAGAGGAGAGCGAGAGCAAUAUGAGUGUCGAUAGCUCGUCGACGAAAGGGCUGUUCGGAGCAUUCAAUCUUGGGCCAGCGAGGAAUGGCAACGGACGAAAUUAUUCCAAUUUGGAUAACCCGGCACAGACUCCUCCACCUCAGUUCCCGCCAGCUGGAUCUUCGGCCGUGAGCGACGAUAUCAACAUGGAUUCGCCUUCGGUUUCGUCUACAUCAACAUCACUACCCUCUCUUACCGCCACUGCACGGCCCGACUUCAGCCUCCCCACAGGCUGGGUUUCGAGGUCAUCAACACCGCAACCGCUGGCGCCCCCCUCUGCCGCAGAUGGUCUGAAGAAGUCCAACAAGCGGCGCCGCGACGAUGAUUUGGAUGGCAACUCCCUCAAACGACGCGCAGUAUCACCCGGCGUGAGCGUGCACAAUAGUCCGGUACUAUCACAGUCGCCAGCGCAGCGUGACACCAGUCUGUGGGGAGCGGCUACCAAGCUGAGCAGGGAGCAUGCUGCGCUCUUUGGAGGAGGCGAGAGGCCGAAUAAUGGUGCAGCGCCGUCUACCGCACCGUCGGUGGGUCCCAAGCGAAUAGGGCUGCAAGGGAUGACCGAUACAAGUGACGGGCUUAUGAAGAUGAGCAUAGAAUGA